AUGGAAGUGAUAGCGACUAUUUUGACGACGAAGAGUGGUUCGGAAACGGAAGAUGAAGAAAGCCAAACAUCAGAAGAUGAUGACGAAAUUGAUUUAGAAAAUCUUAAAUUAAAUGAUGAUUCCAGCUGGCAAAGUUCAUAUAGUUCCAAAUCUGGAAUGACUUGGUCUUCAAUUCCUCAUCGUCCAAUGAAAACGAAUUCUUUCAAUGAUAAUACUGAAAAAGCUGGACCUACCGAUAUCACUGACGAUGUUUCAUCCAUUGAAGAUGCAUUUACUUGUUUUAUCUCGGACAAAAUAAUGCAGAAAAUUUUGAUUUAUUCCAACAUGGAAUAUACUCGAAACAUCGCUUCUAAUAAAAAACCAGAAGAAAUAACAAUGAUGGAAUUAAAAGCUUUUAUUGGACUUUUAUUACUUGCUGAUUUAUUAGGAAAAUCGAAGACAGACCUAAAAUGCUUAUGGAGAAGAAGUCCAUUAGAAUCUCCAAUAUUCAAAGCCACUAUGUCAAGAAGUCGUUUUCAAAAAAUUAUUUCCUGUUUACGAUUCGAUGAUAAAACCACAAGAGAAGAAAGAAAAAGAACAGAUAAAUUUGCAGGGUAG